AAAAACAUGUAAACAAACAUAUGAAAAUCAUGACAUUCCUUGUCUGACGAGUUGCGGUUCCUUUAAAUUAGAAAAUAAUUUGCAGAGCUGACAAAUUAUUUCUAGUCAAAUCUUAAGUUCCACUGCUCAUUAUGAUUAUUGCUCUGCAAACCUUGAUUUACUUUCGCGAAUCAUUGCUUAUUAUUUUAGAUAGACUGAUAGGGCCAUAUUAUAAACGCUUCAGUUUUUCACUGAUCAAAAAAAGCAGCAGCUCGGACGAUGAAGAUUCUGAUGAGCAAGUUUUUUCUGAAUUUGAUGAUGAAAAAGGAGUGAUAUUUUUUCCGCCGAUGUACGUGCAACGAUACGCCGCUGUCAAUGAUUGCCUUUUAGAUGAUAGAUGGAUUGGAAGAUUGGAGAAGAUUGUUGACCUUGGCUAUCAUGAUAUGACCUUUAUAAAGUACUUAAAAGAAGUGCCUGGAGUUAAACAUAUCCUUGGUGUGGAUAUUGAGAAUGUAUCUCUGCGCUGUUCACCUGAUGUCAUUUGUGAUGGAGAGUAUGCACCUAUGAGAGAAACUCCACUACAAAUAACUUUGUUUGAGGGCAAUGCAGCAGAUCCUGAUUACAGACUGAUUGGUUGUGAUGCUGUGAUUGCUAUUGAAAUGAUUGAACACAUGCUACCUCAUGAUCUAGACAGACUGGUACAUAAUAUAUUUGGUUUCAUCCAACCGCAACUUGUAAUCAUCACAACACCAAAUGCUGAUUUUAAUGUUCUCUUCAAAUCUCUGGAGAAGAAUGGUCUUAGGAGAUGGGAUCAUUUGUUUGAAUGGAGCAGGGAGCAAUUCAAUGACUGGUGCAGUAAUAUUGUAUCAAGGUAUCCAAAUUACACUGUCACUUAUAAAGGUGUGGGUCCUGGCCCUCCCGGAACACAGCACUAUGGUUGCUGCACUCAACUUGCUUUAUUUGUUUCAAAGAAUUAUCAGAAACAACAAUCCUUGACUAUAGAUAGCAUGGCACUUGUAAAAAGCCUUCCAAAUGACAAUAACUUGAGUGAUAUAGAAAGUUGGGAUUAUCCUGAUUCAAUACAUGAAAGUAAUAUGUUGUGUGCUCCACCUAAUGAGGAAUCCUUUACCGAAAUCCCAUUCCCUGAGAAAAGAUCUUGUAUGACUAUUGUUAUACUGGGCUCACCUCCUAUUGAUACUUUAGUAUACAAGGAUAAUAUGGCACAGUGUAAUAUAGACAGAGAAGUCGGUAGGAGCUACCUCAUGUUUGACGAGGAUGUGUCUGAAAAUGUUGUUGUACCUCGGAGGAAGGUUAUUAACAAAGUUUAUGAAAUAGAAGAUGUUUCUAGCAGAUUACACUGUUCGAUGUUACAAGUGAGAAAAUUCUCCAAAACAACACAAAAUUUGAUGGCAAAAAAUAAAUUAGAUUCAAUUAUGCAUACAAGAGAGAUUGUGGAUGAAAUUCGACAGUUGACCAAAACUCUCAAUUUGAAUAGAAAUACUUUAGAACAGCAACAUAAAGUGUGCACUUGGAAUAAUUUCAAUUGGGGUGAAAAUGCACCUUAUUGGAAUCAAUACUAUCGAGUUGUUAGAGAUUAUAAUUAUCCAUAUGAAAUAAAGAGUGAGGAAAGCCGUAUAAUUGAAUUAAUAUCUGAUGAAAUAAAUGAACUGGUAGAUUCUCAGAUCUCUUCGGAAGGUUCAAUGAACAGUGAGAAAAUGGAAAUACCUUUAGAAUACCUGAUGCGUGCUGUUGAGCAUAUAACAAACGACAUGGAAAAAGUCAAGGAUCUACUCGAAUGGAACGGUUACGAAGUGGUGGACAACAUUGUGAUCCACUCUCGUCUGAUCGUGGAGAACGUUUCCAUGGCAACCCCAGAGAAUGACUACCAAGAUGACGCAUUCUCCGAUUGGGAUAUGACGGAGAUGCAUUCCACUUCGUAUUCCAUUGCAAGUUCGAAUUCAUCGCAUCCGAAUGGUAAAUGGAUGCAGCGCUCGUUGGACUUCAAAGUUCGCAAGUUACGUAACUUGCUGACUGCAGACGAAGAUAUAAGCACGGAGCUCGACCGCGUGGUCUGUCGACUUAUGAAGCUAGCUAUUACAACGCAAAAGAAUAAAAGUAUACCACCCCCAACCUCCUGGCUUCAGUGCAAGUUGCUCGAUCUUCUCACGCUCACCGAAAGGGCAAUUCAAAGGAGAAAAAGAUAUUGUUUCAGCCAAAAUCUAUCUUUUACUUUUGGCGAUAAUCCAACGAAUCGGACCAGAGAGUUAGAGCCUCCCAAAAGUUACGAUAAUGAUUCAGCGAAGGAAAUAGUGGCGAAAUAUAGUCAUUUUGUAGGAACUACAGGUAAGAUACCAUUUGGCAAUAGCACCUGCGGGCUCUACCACUGGUAUUAUUUUAAUAAAAGAAUAAAUAAAAAAUACCUUAUUGUAUCAUCUACUACAGACGAAAAAGAUUACUACAAUAAUACAACGGUCGGAGCGUACGAGUAUGUACACUUGGAAGUAGAAGACGGCGAUAUGAGCGUCACCAGUAACGAAUUGGUUAAAGUUUACGGUUACAAUAACCAAGAGUGCAGCGCCUCUCCAAGUUACGAUAAAUUAAAACAUAAUGAUUCUAAUGCACGGGACUCUUCGCCGGCAAGAACAUACCCUAUCACUGAUAACUAUUCAGGAGUAAGUAGUUCCGGUGAUACCGACCAUAGUAUCAAAUUAAGCACAGACAGUAGAAGCAAGAAAUUGAGCAGAAAAAGUAAGAGAGAAACAAAUAAAGACAAACAUAAAAUUAAACUAUUUAUCAAGAAAAGUAAGAAAUCAAAUGGGAAAGAAAGUAAACCUAAUGAGAAACAUGCGGAUAGUACAGAAAAGAAGAUAUAUUUCAAAAGGACAAUCAAGAAGAAGAGUUUUUGUAGAUGUACAGUUAAGAACAGCGUUUCUUCUGCUGAAUGUGAACGUAAAAGAAAGAGUAGACAAAAUUCUCAAAUGAACUCUAUUUCAAAACCGAUUCCUUAUAGCUUGAUGGACCUUUGCACUUCAAAAGAUGAUGAAACCAAGAAACCAGUUGACGAUUUUAUACCUGUGGUAUCUAAUAAUAGUGAACAUAUUUUACCAAGAAAUCAAGAAUCCAUUGCGAUUACUGAACAAAGUUGUGUUAUAGAAAUUGUUACGAAAAAAACCAGUGAAACUUUAGAACUUCAUCGAACGAUAACCACGGAUUUAAGUGACAACAUUUACAAAAAUACUUCACUUCCUUUGGAAUUUAAAGAUAAAAUAAAUAUCGUGCCGAUAAUAACUAAAAGUGAAAGGUCUAUUCCUGACUUUACAUUAAAAACGGAAAACGAAGAAUCUCAAGCAAUAUUUUUAUACGAUAUUAAUGAACCCAGUACAUCAAAAGGCAUUCGUCAUGUCACGAUGGACGUGCAAUGUGGCCCUGAUACUGGAUUUUUAUGUUCAUAUUCUUCAGCGACAUCUUUAAACAAAAUUACAAACGAAAACACGAAUACAACAGAUUUGAAAUCCUAUACUGAUGAAUGUGAUCAAAGCCAUUUUUAUACUAAAGCUGAAGAGAAUAAAGACGUAAAAAUUGAUAAUUUAUUAAGCUCUAGAUACAAAUCCAACGGUAUUCAAAUAAAAGAUUCCGACAAUGAGAUACAUGAGAGACUAGAGAUUUCUUCCACUACUGUAACUAAAUCCAUUCAUAAUAUUAAAUCUGUUAACGUCUCAGAAGAGAAUAUCUGUACUGCCUCCAUUAAUGUAGUUUCUUCUAUGUGUAAAAUUGAAAAUGAAAUACCAAAUAUAACGAAACAUGACGACCCCAUCCCUCAAGUGCCAAAGAAAAUAAUAAAUAAUGCAUAUUCAAUUGAAGACGAUCAGUCUAAAUGUACGUCUAAUUACUUGGAACCGAUUAUAGUUAUACCAAAAGUCAUAAACAAUACUAAGACAGAACAAUUUUUAAGGCAAGAAAUCGAUUUGAAGAAUAGUAUUACUAAUAUUGGUAAUAGAAAACUGGCAUACGGUGGCAUAUUUAUACAUAGCUAUAAAGAGAAAACAGCAAGUGAAGAUGUAUUAUAUCAAGGAAGAUGGCAACGUUCGUUCUCAAAAUCGUUUAUAAAGAAAAAUCCCGUUAGUACUUUUACUGUAAAGAAAAUAACAGAAAGUCAUCAUAAUAUAAAAAGGAGAAAUUCUGAACGUAGUUUGACUGCAACAACUGUCGAAAAGACAAAUGAACACAACAGAUAUAGUAAAAAGAUUCGAAAACUAACUGAUCUACUAAAACCUAAAAAGGAUAUUAGUGUGUCAAGUAAUGAUAAAAUUCGACCAAAAAGGAAGCCAUCAGUCGAGUUAUGCAAACCAAGGCGUUGUAAAACUUUAAGCGAGGUAGCAUCCAAGACGGUACGUUUUGACUUAUCCAAAAAUACAAGAUUUGAACGAGUAACUGUUAAAGCUAGCAAAUCUAAGAUGUAUCAAAAUUGUACGAAAGAUAAGAAAAAAGUAGUCACUUUUAAAGAAAGUCAUAGUAAAUACGAUCUCAACACCAGAAAUAAACUACUAAAGGCCAUGAAUUAUUCUGUAGAAAAGAGCAAAAAUGAGAUUCCAAAAAAUCUAUCGAACACAAUAAACAUCAAAAAAGAACUAUUGAAAUUUGUUCGAGAACCACACAAGAAUAUUGUCUUUUCUGUUUUUCGCAAUAAGAUUGAAAACGAAACUGAUAAUCAGAGACAUAGUAAACCAUCCUUGGAUAAUCGUAAAAACAAGGAACAUAAAAGUGCCCGAAACAUACCGGUCGCAAAUAGUUCAAGUUCAUCUACAAACAGCAUAGUUACAAUCAGACAGUUAUCGCCACCGUCUCAAAAUAAAAAAAAGUUUACGUCUAAGAUUACCUUAAAAGUAAGUAAUAUUCCAAAGCCAAGUUCCAUGAAAGAAAAACUUAGUAUACCCGAAUGUUACAAGAAGUCAUCUAUAAUGUUUGAUGAUAAAGAGAACAAUCCCCAAUCGUCUAAUGUUAGCAAUGUUCAAUGUAACAAAGACAACACACAAACUGUCAACGAAAGAAGUAAGAGUAUCCUUGUGUCGAGGAAUACGAUGUUAAAACAGAAAAAUAAGACCUUAAGUAUCAAAAAGUCUAUAGAAAGUAUAGAAGAGACGCUAGGGACAUCAGAUUCAUCGAGUUCUAGCAAAGUUUCGUUGGUCGAGUCCAUCAAGAACCAAAUUAAUUUCAACGCAAACUCAUCAAAUUUAGUCUUAGUUUUGGGUUCUUGUAAGAAAUUGCCUACUAUGGAAAGUGAAAAGGUAUCUCCAGAUAUAUGUUUAUCUGAAAAUAAUCAAGAGAUAGUUCCACUCACUAGUAUAAUUGAAUUAACAUGCGAGAACAAUGAAAGAAAUGCGUCAAGUAGUACCUCCGAAGUAACCGUGUAUCAUGAAAUGAAGAGUGUAGUGGAUGAAAUACUUAAUUUUAUUGACGACCCGGCAGAAACUUCUAUUGUAACUAGUGAAAGUAAAAAAAUGAUUCCCGACGACCGUAAGAAAAGUGGUGAAAAGGUUCACUUCUAUAACGCACUUGAUAACGAAUCCAUCGCGACCUCAUUAGAUUCGGGACCAAGACAAGUGAAUCUGGAUUUGAUUUCAUUUAAAUCAUUUGCUUCUCUAUCGGGUUAUUCAGAAUACUUCUUAGCCGAUAGUGAAAUGAGUACUACAAUCGAUUCUCUACAAGUAAAAACACCAUCUAAGAGAUCAUCAGUUCAAGAUAUAUUUGAAAGAAAUGACCAAACUCGUCUUUCGUUUCCAGGAGAUUCAGUUCAAGGCUUUAGUGGUUUUUCAAUAAAUGAACAGGUAAUCGGUGAUCAGCCAGAUUACGCCAAUUUAAUUAACCCCGAAACGGGAAGUAUGAGUCACGUUAUGGAGACUAGGAGAGCGACAUCGGAGGAAGUAUUUACGUCUGGUCGUUCCUCGGAUACAUACGAAUCGUGUCAAGUCGACGAGGAUGCUCUUGUCCCGCACUGGUUAUUCCACGCUAUAAGCCAGCAGCAAUCAGAUGAAGAUAGAGAGCCACAGCGGAUUCUAUCGCCAAUUCCUCUGCCUACUGUGGAGCCAGAUCUAGACAUGCACGCCAAUGCGAUGGAGCCAGGCGUGGGGGGUGCGGGCGGCGCUGGCGCUGGUGACGGCCGCGGUAUCCAUAGCGACCAGGACAGCUCGGGUCGGGAUACGUCGAUGAGCUCCACUGAAACAUCGUCUGGACAACAGAGCGAUGCAAUAUUAAUCGAUCCAUCAGCUUAUGCUAAUAAUAUCGAGUUUUUGAGGGAGCCCAGCAGUCGUCCUUUCCUUCAACUAGGAUCCACCGAAUCUCCGGAUUCAUCGUUCAGGACUGUUGAAGGAUCGGAAAAUGAUAACGUGUUUAAUAUGAGUGAAGUUUCAACGCGAAAUAACUUGAACCUUGGCGCAGUACAGAGUGACCGGGACGCUGACGUCAGUUCUCUGGAUACGGACACCGCUGAUUUCUCUGAUAAUUGAUUUUGUUUUGUUUAUGUAUUUGUUUAAAUUGACAAGAUUCUAUGUCAUUUCAGUUUUUUCUUUGGUCUGAUAUUAAAUUGAAUGAUUAAAU